AUGGAGCCACCUUCCAACUCCAAUUCUAUUUUCAAAUCGGCGAUCCCCUCACUCCCCGCCCCGGCUACAACACAACUCCAGGCCCCGCCAUCGCCGCGGACUCAUCGCGCCCUUCGACGCCUUCAAUCUGCGCACACUCUUGGAGCCCGCGCUCGCGAGCAAGGCACGCCCUCGCUCAUCUCCCAGCAGCGCCACCGCGACACCCAGCGCAAUGCUUCACCAACAAGACCAUCACAAGCGCCUCCUGCUACUUCAGGCACACCCAGCUUCUCCCAGAAUAUCAAUCGCUCACCUCAGCGCGGGCGCGCUAAUAGCGAUGCCACCCCGCCACUCAUUCACCAGAUGAAUGUUGUCACAGCUAGCAAGCGUGCUGGGAGUAAGAAACCCGUAUUCUCGCAUGGCCAUUUGCCUCUUCAUCAGAUUAUCCGCGAAGGCCCAACAGAUGGUGAUUUCUUGGGCGCUUUGGAGAGUGCUCGGUGGAAGGUCAUCGAUGAAGGUGUCAAGAGUGCUGAGGAUGGCAUGUCAACAUUGAGAAUAUACGUCUGGCUCGUCCUCCUAGACGCUCCUAUCCUGUCGACCGAUGACUACCUCGCCCUCAUCCACCGGGGAGCCUCUCCGGCUUACUCCAAGAUCCGCAACGACACUUUCCGCACACUCACGACCGACCCUCUCUUCCGCCGCCGUGUCAGUGAGGCUAGUCUGAUUCGUUUACUUAACGCCAUUGCAUGGAAAUUACACGACGCGCGUGAGGAGCAACGCCAAAGCCGCCCUGGUAGUAGCCGAGCUUCACUCCCUGGUGGUAGUAGUGUCUCUGGUCGUUCUCAGUCAGGCACAAGCACGUCAUCACCAAAUUCUCGCAGUCGCGCGCGGGCCUUAACACUUACGACCGAGGGCUCUGAUUCCGGCACAGGCGCUGCGACUCUAGAACCUGGUACCUAUGUUCAGGGUAUGAACGUUCUGGCAGCACCAUUUUUAUACGCAGCUCGGAGUGAAGCAGAAGCAUUCGUGGCGUUCCACUCCUUGUUGACUCGAGAAUGCCCGGGGUAUAUUCGCGGUGCCAUGGACGGCGUUCAUCGUGGCCUUGCACUGGUUGAUAAGGUCCUUGCUAUUGUUGAUCCCAAGCUAAGCAUGUACCUUACUGCUAAGGGCCUUUCGGCUGAGAUCUACGCUUUCCCUUCAGUUCUGACGCUAUGUGCAUGUACACCACCGCUUCCCGAGGUCCUACGACUUUGGGACUUCUUGUUCGCCUAUGGUCCUCAUCUCAAUAUCGUCUGCAUCGUCGCGCAGCUUACAAUUAUGCGGACUCAAAUUCUUCAGUCACCCAGCCCAAAUAAGGUCUUAAGAUCAUUUCCCCAGCUUAACGCUGAUCUCGUCAAAUCCGUCACAAUUGGCAUUAUCAAGAAGAUACCCGACGAUGUCUAUGCUGAGAUCGUUUCUCACGCUCUUUAA